AUGUUUGUCAGCUACCUGAUAUUAACAUUGCUCCACGUUCAAACAGCAGUGUUAGCAAGACCUGGGGGAGAGAGCAUUGGCUGUGACGACUACCUGGGCUCAGACAAGGUGGUGGACAAAUGCGGGGUGUGCGGCGGCGACAACACAGGCUGUCAGGUUGUGUCGGGCGUGUUCAAGCAUGCCCUUACCAGCCUGGGCUACCACCGCGUGGUCGAGAUCCCCCAAGGAGCCACCAAAAUCAACAUCACCGAGAUGCACAAGAGCAACAACUAUUUGGCUUUGCGAAGUCGUUCCGGCCGCUCCAUCAUCAACGGGAACUGGGCAAUUGACCGGCCGGGAAGGUACGAGGGUGGAGGGACCAUGUUCACCUACAAGCGUCCAAAUGAGAUCUCGAGCACCGCUGGAGAAUCCUUUCUGGCUGAAGGCCCCACGAAUGAGAUCUUGGAUGUCUAUAUGAUCCACCAGCAGCCCAAUCCCGGAGUCCACUAUGAAUAUGUCAUCAUGGGGACCAACGCCAUCAGCCCACAGGUGCCUCCUCACAGGAGACCAGGAGAGCCCUUCAAUGGCCAGCUGGGAACAGAUGGAAGGAGCCAGGAGGAGGGAGCAGAGAAAGAGGGGGCCGAGGAGAAGGAAGAUGUGCAUGGUGGCGCCCCCGAAGUAUUCACCUCGGAAUCGGCACAGACCUUCCCAGUCAGGCAUCCAGAUGGAUUUUCCUCCCACCGACCCGACAAUCUGGUGCCAGUGGCCCCGCAGCCCCCAAGGCGAAGCCGGGACCACAACUGGAAACAGCUCGGGACCACAGAAUGCUCCACGAGUUGUGGGAAAGGAUCGCAGUUCCCUAUUUUUCGCUGUGUACACAGAAACACCCACGAAGAGGUUCCCGAGAGCUACUGUGACUCCAGCAUGAAGCCUACCCCUGAGGAGGAGCCCUGCAACCUCUUCCCUUGCCCAGCCUUCUGGGACAUCGGAGAGUGGUCCGAGUGCAGCAAAACCUGCGGCCUGGGCAUGCAGCACCGCCAGGUCCUGUGCCGCCAGGUGUACGCCAACCGCAGCCUGACGGUGCAGCCGUACCGCUGCCAGCACCUAGAGAAGCCCGAGACCACCAGCACGUGCCAGCUCAAGAUCUGCAGCGAGUGGCAGAUCCGGACGGACUGGACCUCGUGCUCAGUGCCCUGCGGAGUGGGGCAGAGAACCCGAGACGUGAAGUGCGUGAGCAACAUCGGGGACGUGGUGGAUGAUGAGGAAUGCAACAUGAAGCUCCGGCCCAACGACAUUGAGAACUGCGACAUGGGGCCCUGUGCCAAGAGCUGGUUCCUCACCGAGUGGAGUGAACGGUGCUCAGCAGAGUGUGGGGCUGGAGUGCGGACACGCUCCGUGGUGUGCAUGACGAACCACAUCAGCAGCCUGCCCCUGGAGGGCUGUGGGAACAACCGGCCUGCAGAGGCCACCCCUUGUGACAAUGGGCCCUGCACGGGCAAGGUGGAGUGGUUUGCAGGGAGCUGGAGUCAGUGUUCCAUCGAGUGUGGGAGUGGGACCCAACAGAGGGAGGUGAUUUGUGUUAGGAAGAAUGCGGACAUCUUUGAAGUACUGGACCCCUAUGAGUGUUCCUUCCUGGAGAAACCCCCCAGCCAGCAAUCGUGCCACCUCAAGCCUUGUGGGGCCAAAUGGUUUAACACAGAAUGGAGCAUGUGCUCCAAGAGCUGCCAGGGUGGCUUCCGGGUCCGCGAAGUGCGCUGCCUGUCAGAUGACAUGACCAUAAGCAACCUCUGUGACCUGCAGUUGAAACCAGAAGAGAAGGAAUCUUGUAACCCUCAGGACUGUGUCCCUGAAGUUGAUGAAAACUGCAAGGACAGGUACUACAACUGCAACGUGGUGGUCCAGGCGCGACUCUGCGUCUACAACUACUACAAGACCGCCUGCUGCGCCUCCUGCACCCGCGUGGCCAACAGGCAGGCGGGCUUCCUGGGGAGCAGAUAACAGCCCCGCCCCCACGCUGCAGCAGGGGAGCGGGUCAGGGA